CCUUUUCAGAGUGAACGGUGUUUACAUGGACUAAUGAUUGACUAAUAUGGCCUAUAGAAGGGAAGGAAAUCAAGAACAGCUUCUCUCUUCCAUCAUUUCAACUGUGAAUUCGCAUAAGUCUCCAGCAUGUGCCAGUCAAGCUCAUAGAAUAUGUAUGGUGUCUGAUUUUUUUUACCCAAACAUGGGAGGAGUGGAAAGCCAUAUUUACCAGUUGUCACAGUGCCUAAUUGAAAGAGGACACAAAGUUAUUGUGGUAACUCAUGCUUAUGAAGAUCGCAAAGGAAUUCGAUACCUGACCAAUGGACUGAAAGUCUACUAUUUACCGUUAAGAGUAAUGUACAACCAAUCUACAGCCACUACUCUUUUCCACAGUCUGCCUCUGCUCAGGUAUAUAUUUAUACGAGAAGGAAUCACCAUUGUCCAUGCACAUAGUUCAUUUUCUGCUAUGGCUCAUGAUGCACUGUUCCACGCUAAGACAAUGCAGCUACGGACAGUUUUUACAGACCAUUCACUUUUUGGAUUUGCUGAUGUCAGUUCAGUGCUUACAAAUAAACUCUUGACUGUAUCGCUAUGUGAUACAAACCACAUAAUAUGUGUUUCUUACACAAGCAAAGAGAAUACUGUGUUAAGAGCAGCGCUUAAUCCAGAAAUAGUUUCUGUCAUCCCUAAUGCUGUUGAUCCUACUGACUUCACUCCAGAUGCAUCUAGACGUGACAACAACACAGUAACUGUUGUUGUGGUUAGCAGACUUGUAUAUAGAAAAGGUAUAGAUUUACUUAGUGGCAUAAUUCCUGAGCUAUGUCAGAAGUAUCCAGAUUUACAUUUCUUAGUUGGAGGAGAAGGACCAAAAAGAAUUGUAUUAGAAGAAGUACGGGAAAGAUAUCAGCUACAUGAGAGAGUCCGUCUUCUAGGAGCCUUAGAACAUCAGGAAGUUAGAAAUGUCUUGGUUCAAGGACAUAUUUUUCUUAACACCUCUCUCACAGAAGCAUUUUGUAUGGCAAUUGUGGAAGCUGCCAGUUGUGGUUUACAGGUGGUGAGUACAAAAGUUGGUGGGAUUCCUGAGGUACUCCCAGAUGAUUUUAUAAUCUUGUGUGAACCUUCAGUGAAAUCUCUCUGUAGUGGAUUGGAAAAAGCUAUUAGCCAACUGAAGUCAGGAUCAUUGCUGGCUCCAGAAAUUAUGCAUGACAAAGUUAGAGCAUUCUAUACGUGGAGAAAUGUUGCAAAAAGAACUGAAAAAGUGUACAACAGAGUGGCAAGUGAAACUGUAUUGCCAGUGGGCAAACGACUUGACAGACUCAUCACUCAUUGUGGUCCAGUGACUGGUUGCAUUUUUGCUCUUCUGGCUAUGCUCAGCUUUCUUUUUCUGAUAUUUCUGAAGUGGCUGAUGCCAGAUGAUCUUAUUGAUACUGCAAUAGAUGCCACAGGGCUAAAUGGAGCAUGGACUAGAAAAUAUUUCCGCAAUAAAAAUAAAAAAGAAAACACUACAAACUCUUAAAGGUGCUAAAAAGUGGAAGAAAAGGUUCCAUUCUCCUACUAUUAUGCAUUUGUUGUUAAAUUUACAUUUAUCAAACAAAAAUGCUUAUAAGUCAUUGGGCAGCUUUCAGUAAUGAAUGGAAAGAAACUCAGUAAGAAGUUCUACCUCAGCAUAAAUCUAAACUGAUUUAGGGAAGACAUUUUUUCCAAGAUGUGCUGCAAAAUAUGUUCACAUUUAUUUCAGCUUUAAGUUCUUAUACAUACAUGGAAUAUCAUUAUGUCCAUUAAUGAAAGAGGACAUCUGGGGAAGAAAGGGGAAAAAUAGGUGAGUAGGUAGAUCUUUUGUCAAUUUUUUAGAGCUUUUCCUGUUUUUAAUUUCUCUUGCACCAUCAUAAUGCACUUAAAAAUUGUAUGGGAAAAAGCAAUAUAUGUUCUGUUCUAGUAUAAUACAAGAAAAUACCUGACUUUUAAGUGUGGAUCCCAGGUCUGCUUGUUGAGUUGGUAUGAUCAGCUGAAAUUGAGAAAUGCACACCCUGUGAGGUUGGGAGAAUAUUCUCUUCGUUUAGGCAUCUAAUGCUUAUUUUUAGUAGUUUGAAAACAUAUAUAGGUGACAUAUUCUGGUUUCUUUGCUGCCAAUACUUUUGCAGCUUUUGGAAGAAGAUUCUUACUGGUCUUUCAGUCUACUUUUUAUUAGUCAGUUGAGACAUAAUGAAAAAACAGGGUCUUUCUACAUGAAUAAGGCCCAGCAUCAGGUUCAUCUAUUAUGUCCUACUUUCUUUUCUUUUGCUUCUACUUCCAUUUUUAAAUAAAAUUCCCAUAAUAUGUAUUUGUUAAAACUCACUACAAUCAAAUUAUCCAUACUUCCAUGACAAGGUUCCUUAUUUAAAGUAAAAACAGAUGCUUCCAUCUUUACUAUAUAUGUCUUCUCCCAUCUGAACAAUUUUGUUUGCAGUAUUUUAUUUCUACUGUUCAAACAUCAGAAAACAUGAAGAGAGCUGUCAUUUUCUUUUACCCUAUCAUAAUUAUUUUGAGAAGGAAAAAAUCCUCAGAAGGUAUUAAGCAGUCAGAAUUAUGUACAUCUAAGAUUUGAAAUUUCUAAUUUUUGUGUUCAUCAUUAUAAAAAACAAAGAAAACUUAAACACUCCCAUUUUUUAACGAGAGAGUAAUCUUUUUAUUUGAAAGCAUUUACAAAGAUCUGAAAAUGUUUUGAGAAAGAAAAUCUAGGACAAAUACACAGUUUUCCAACACCAGGUUGCCAAUGCCAGUGGAGUAUGAAGAGAACAUAGAUACUGUAGACAUGCAGUAGAACUUGUGUCAAUAUUCUUAGGUGUCUCCUAGUAAACUGAAUUGAUACCAUCUUUGGAGGAAUAUUAGUCAUAAUCCUGAACUAGUUGACAAUUUAUUUGGCAUAAUGUUAUUUUCAAAAAAGAGAAGAGUAAUUUAGGCAGCAAUUUGGAUUGUUACUUCAAACCCUGGCAAGUACAAUCUCAUUGUAUGUGCAGCCAUGGUUUCUUGGCUAUAGAAAACAAAGAUUUUGCCUAUAAAUUGAACAUUCAGGCUAAAUCAUGGUUAGUCUAUGAAAAUAUUUCACAAUAAAAUUAAUUUCACUUUUUCUAUUUCACACAUAUAUGAUACUGCUAUUUUGGAAGUUACAAAAUUAGAUAAUUCUAAAAUCUUUGCAAGGUAGAACUUCAAUUCUUUAAUAGAUUCAUAACAGUUUUGGAAUAUAAGAAUAUAAGAAAUAUUCUUGCUUACACCACUGAUUGCAUCAAAUAUUCUACCGUGAUGGAAAAGUAGUUUUGCUAUAUUAAAUCAAAGAUUCAGGUUUUUCUACAGAUAAAACUGUUUUUAAUACUCUGUUGGUGUGUUGGUAAAUGAUUAUUUACAAAUAACGAUUUACCAUGAAAAAAUAAGUGGCAACAAAUUUGUUACGCCAUGGCCUUUUAAAAAAAAAAAUCAUUUCUAAGUACUAUCUCACCUUAGUCUUACUGGAAGCAUUUAAGAAGUUUUACAAAAAACCAUUUUGAAACUGUCUGUUAAGUGGUAUAUACUGAUGAUCUAUAGUUAUAAUUUUAACUAUAUAAUUUUAAUCAUCAUAAAGUAUUUCAGCAUUUUGCCAAAUUUUGUAUGGCACAUUACAUUAGGUAUAGGUUAAAAAUGUAAUUUACAAAUGCUUCCACAAUACAAUUUAAAUUUUAAAAAAUGCUUCUACUGACAAAAAGUAAGCUCAAGGUAUAUGUACAGCCGAAACCCGAAGUGGAACUGUUCCCUUGAAAAUUGACUUGAAAGUAAACCCAAUUUAAUUCCAGAUGAACUGUUUUAAGCCUCUGAGAAUAAAUACAAAAGUUACUUUUAGAACCUAUAACAUGUAAGAAUCAGAAAAUUGUUACUUAAUUUACUAAUGAUUGUGAAAUCUAUUUAUUUGCUUUUCUAAAUGAAAGUAGCUUCUGCUACUAAUUGGGAAAGGUAAGAAGGAACAAUGCUUUUUCAUGGAUAAAUGGUUGAAAGCAUAUCUUUUGCACUAAAAAGCUAUUGAUUUUCAUUUCCAAAAGAGUUACUUGGGAAUCCAUGCCACAGUGCAUUAGAAAGCCUGAUAUUCAGAGUCUCCUGUUCGUGAACAGUGCAAGUCUGAUAACAAGAGGACUAUUGAAGUAUAUUUAUAAAGUGGCUUUUUAAACUGGAAUGAGCCCCAGCUGGAGGUUCAUGUAAUACUUCAAAUACCUGGAUAUGCCUGAAUUGUGCAAAAUUUUGGAAAGAGAAGCUCCUCAGAUUGGUGGAAUUUUCCUCACCUCAUCAUUUCCGACACAGGUGGAGCUAUAUACGUGUAAAAACUCUGAUUCAUAUUGGAUUUAUAUACUGCUCUUCCAUUGCUUGCUGCAUCACUCAGAUUUAGAAAAAAUGUUUUAUUUUAAAUGUUUUCAUAUGUAACUCUAAGGAGGGUAAGCCUUUUCUGCUUGAUUAGUGCUCCAAGUUUCUUGCUUUUGUAUGCAACACCAGGCAACAUACUCACAGUGCAUAUUUUAUGGAGCUGAUGGUCCUGGGUGGGAGAAUCCCAAAUACUAAAACGGUCAUUAAAAUACAGAAACACUGUGUUCAAGUAAUUUUGUGUGUAGUAGAAUUCUUCAAUACAGUAUUGUUCAGUCUGGCAUGGAAAAUUUUAGCAUUUCUAAAAGAUUUCCAGUGUCCCUUAACAAUUUAUUUUAUGUCUCCCCACAUCCUAUUUGUGGGCUGCGUCAUCAGUACCCAAAAAAUAAAUAUUUUUUUACAAACA